UGGCAACAGUUGCAUUAAAACACGAGGGACUGGCGUCAGCCUGAAUCGUCAAUUUACCCCAAAAAAUAAUGGAAAAAUUCGUCAACUGGUGUCAAACAAGUCCACCGAAAACAUUCAACUAAAACCACCCCCAAAAACUCCAAAAACCAAUUCAAAUACGUCAUAAAUACCGCUUUACCCAGUGUCUCGUGUCACGUGGUGGCCACCCACGUUUCGGUUUAUUGUGGGUAAACAAAGGCCAAAAAUCCCAUCUCCUCCGCCUGCAAUCGUGCGUGUGUGUGUUUCCAAAAAAUCCACAAUUGCAAAAAAAAACAGCCGGUGUAGAGCAGUCACCCCUCACCACUGAAAAAAUCGAAAAUACACAUCAAACCGGGGGAUUGAGCGGUUCGAACAAGAGUGGGAGUGAGAAAGUACGUGUAAUAUUGCGCGAGUGAGUGUGUGCGUGACUGAGAGAGAGUAACGACGUUCUAAAGAGCAAAAGAGAUAUCAAACAAGACGGCGCAGAGGGGUGAAGGAAGUGGUGGAAGGCAAUAGAGUUUUGAUGAUCCACAGAUCCCGUGUAAUACGUGAAAUAUAAAUCGUAAAUACAAGGUAACGAGUGCAUCAUAAUCAGUGAAUUCUAAAUAACCUCGGAGUUGUAUCAAUGAGUUACAAUAACAAUCAGUGAAGAGGCUGAAUAAAUCGGGUGGGCCGGCCAUAUUACGUGAAAGAAAUAAAGUGUGGCCAAGAGAGUCGGUAUCUCGCACUUUUUUUUCCUCAUUUUUGUUAUUUUUUCCUCUUAUUUUCCCCGCUGUUUGCGACUGUGUGCGUGAACGCGUGCACAUUAAACAUUAUUCCGCCUGCGAGGGAGGGGUUAAGGCACAUGAACAAUUGAUCUGAUGUUAAAAAUAAACAAAACAAAUACAUAAGUGAGUGGAUGAGAGUGAGAGAGAGAUCGAGAGGUGAAUUGAGGAGAUAAAAAAACGAGAAAAAGAGUUGAGUUCCCUUCGAGAAGAUUUUCCCCUGUUCAGCAGCCUUUUUCACGACAAUUAGGCAGAAAUCUGGGUGGUUUUACAAUAUAAAUUCAUCAAGAUGUCAUCAACGUAUUCACGUACACAGGAGAGUGACGCGUGGGCGCUACUUGCCCUUAAAUCAGCACCAGCAAGUCCAGCUAAAAUGCAAUGGAAUCCCGAGUCGAAGGGUGCACCAAUAGCUAGACUAGAGGGACGUGAGUUUGAAUAUAUGGUUAGACAGAGGAGAAUAACAAUUGGACGUAAUAGUAGUAAGGGUGAGGUUGAUGUUAAUAUGGGACACUCGAGUUUUAUAUCACGACGACAUUUGGAAGUAUUUUACGAUCAUCCGUACUUCUACAUGACUUGCAAUGGCAAAAAUGGAGUUUUCGUUGAUGGGGUCUUUCAGCGAAAAGGAGCACCGGCUUUUCAGCUCCCCAAGACAUGUACAUUCAGAUUUCCAAGUACAAACAUACGCCUGGUAUUUCAAUCUCUGGUUGAUGAGCAAGAGCAGACGAACGUGCGUAUGGCAUCACCACCAAAGCAACGUGCACCAUUACCACCACUGCGCAUUAACAUACCAGACACUGGUUACAGCAGUCCAUUUCCAUCGCCAACAGGUACAAUAAGCGCUGCUAAUUCCUGUCCAGCAAGUCCAAGAGCUGGCCAGAGUAGACGUAAUAUAUCAGCUGAUUUGCAAAUGGUGGCUGCCUAUGCAGCAGCUGUUGCCAAUGAGCCAAACUCUGGUGACAGACAUCAAGAAGCUGGACAAAGUACAAGUAAACAGAUGAGCCCAGAGCCAGGUCCUGACUCACGCUAUCGUAAUAAUUCUGGUCAGGGGGCUAAUGGCACAUCAUCACACUACAGUCCACCGAAGGACGAUUCGAAGCCACCAUACUCAUAUGCUCAAUUAAUUGUACAAGCUAUUGCAUCGGCCCAAGAUAAACAGCUGACGCUGUCUGGCAUUUACUCGUACAUCACUAAGAAUUAUCCUUAUUAUCGCACUGCUGAUAAAGGGUGGCAGAAUUCAAUACGACACAAUUUGUCGUUGAAUCGGUACUUCAUCAAGGUACCCAGGAGCCAGGAGGAGCCGGGAAAGGGCUCGUUCUGGAGGAUAGAUCCACAGUCUGAGGCGAAACUCAUUGAACAGGCCUUCAGAAGGCGGAGGCAGAGGGGAGUACCCUGCUUCAGGGCUCCCUUUGGACUCUCAUCCAGGAGUGCUCCAGCAUCACCCUCCCACGUGGGCAUGAGUGGUAUAAUGACCCCUGAGUGUCUGAGCAGAGAAGGCUCACCAGGGCCAGAAUCGUAUCCUGAUAGUUCUGUACCAUCACCAGCUGGACAAUUGUCGAGUCAGUCAGCACCUGGCUCACCAGGGCAUCCCUACGUUUCUCCAGCACCGCCAACUCACAAAGGUCGUCUCGUUCAGCAGGUUGCUGUCGUUACAAAUGGCGUGAACAACGAUACUCCACGAGAAGAAAAAUAUUUGGUGCCUGGAAAUGUAAUAGAAGAGCAAUCGUUAUCACCAGCUGGCCAGUACAGUCCAGCUCCAGUUAUUGUACAAACAACAUAUAAUUACAGUGGAACAUUCAUUGGCCCUGACGCAGGCGUUGGGGCGACAAAGCGUGCCCACGAGGAGCCAGACAGUUCUCCAGGCUCCCCAGCACCGCUUGCAAUUGUCGAGAGUCCCGAGCCCCCAGAGCAUCAACAGCAGCAGCAAAAACGACAGCGCGUUCACGACGCGGACGAUCAUUGAAUAACUCCCACUAGGCUGCACAUUUUCUCAUUAAAAAAACAAAUAUGAUGCAAAAAGUAGGACAUUGUUAUGAUUACAAUUAUGAUUACAAUUUGGUAAUCGUCAGACGAAUCGUCCGCUCGAUCUCUGCACCGAUGCGAACGAUGAGCUACGAUUUCACAAUCAAUUUACAAUUUAAUGGUGGACAUUUGUCAGAGAGAAAAUAUGUUUUUUUUCCUUUCUUUUGCUAGAAUUGUUUACUUUAUU